AUGGCAACUAACAAAAUCUCCUUCUUCUUGGUUCUUUGCCUCUGUGUUCUUUUAUCCUCAGGAUCGGGAGAAGCAGCACUAAAUCCAACUGGAAAAAAGUGUCCGGAUCCAAAUGGGGUAGACAAAAAAGCCAAAUGUUAUAGCUACUGUAAGACAAAAGGUUUUAUGGGUGGUUCUUGUCAUGGACCUAAGGGUAAAUACAUGUGUAUGUGUUAUGAAGGCUAG